CCGUGCGGGGAAAUCCUCACCGAACGACGCCGUCCGGGACGGAGCGUCUCGCUUUCCUCCCACCCCUCCUGCUCCCCCCCUCCCUCUCGGCGACUCGGCUCUCCCUCCAGCGGGAACCAACCGGAGCCGCACGGACUGCUGCUGCCGGCGCCUGGCCGUUCUCUCAUGGCGACGCCGCCUCCGCAGGACAUGGACCUAGAGCAACAUGGGGACAACAUGGCAGGCAAGGGUGGAGCUGGACAGGUCUAUUGGUCCAACGCAAUGUCUAGUUUUGUACUCAAAUAUUUGGCUAACCUAGUUGCGAGUGGAACUAAAACCACGAGCGGCUUCAAGCAAGCUCAUCUUAACAGUUGUGCUAGAGCUUUGUAUGAGAAACUAGGUGUCCAGCGCAGCGGUGGACAAGUUGGUAACCAUCUUAGGAAGUGGAAAAGGAUUUAUGCAAAGAUUGAGAAGCUGAAGAACUUGAAUGGAGCUGUUUGGGAUGAACAUAAUUGCAUAAUCGGUCUUGAUGCAGAGCAUUACAAUAAUCAUAUUAAGGACCACCGUGAAGAUGCCAACUACUUGAACAUUCCUAUUGAUCACUAUCAUGAGAUGGCAACUAUAUGUGGCAAAAAAUUGGCAGCCACUGCAUAUGGUAAAGGAUCAAAUGAGCCACUUGGUGUUGAAGUGACUGAAACAUAUAAUGCACCAACUGUGGAUGAAACUGGUGCAUAUGCUAACGGAUCAAAUGAGCCACUUGGCGUUGAAGUGACUGAAACAGAUAGUGCACCAAUUGUGACUGAAGCAGAUAAUGCACCAAUUGUGACUGGAACAGAUAAUGCACCAAUUGGGGCUGAAAGAGAUAAUGCACCAAUUGUGACUGAAACAGAUAAUGCACCAACAGUGACUGAAACAGAUAAUGCACCAAAACCCAUGUCUAGUGAGCCAAGUGAACAAAUCGUUACUGAUGAUGGAACACACUUAGGCAACAAUGGUGCAGAGUCCUCAGGUACUAAACAGCCACCAUCAAAGAAGCAGAGGAUUUAUACUGAUGAUGACUUGGUUGUGAUAAUGAGUCGGACCCUUGGCGAACUUGCUUCGUCUAUAAAAAAGCUUUCUGAACAACCUGACCUUCCUGUUCCAAAGGGGUUGUAUGAAGAGCUAAAGAGCAUCCCAGGGUUUGAGGAGGCACAUCUUGAGCACUACUAUGCUUAUCUGUGUGAGAAUCCUCCACUUGCAAGGGCAUUUUAUGCACUGCCUCAACUUACUAGCAAAAUUAUAUGGGUGGCUAGGUACAUCAAGAAUCACAGGUCCGAACUAAUUUAAGUACUCUGAUGAUGUGGUGGUAUUUUGGUCUAAUCACUAGGGAUGGAAAAAAAGAACUUUGUGUAAUGUGAUGGUUUGGUUGUAUGGAGGGUGGUAGUGUGUGACUCUAGUCUGUAUGGAACAACCUGGACAGGCUACUAUGGCAGUAUAUGGAAUGUGAUUAUAGUAGAGACCGUUUAAUAUAGCAUAAUGUAGAUCAGUGGUGAAUUGUCCUGAUUAAUUUUA